CCAGGACAGCGCCGACCCGGGCGCCGCUGCUGCCCUCCCUGCCCCAGCGCCCCGCCCUGAGGGAUUGGCAGAUUUGCCAUCAGGAGGUUUUAAACAGGAUUCGGUGCCGACAGCCUCCCUGCUGCAGCCUGCGGAUAGGAAGAGGCAAAGAUGCAGAUGACCAAGAGCUCUCCCUUGCCCAGGCUGGGCUGUACCUUGCACCCUGGUGCUUUUUCACUGUUAAACAUAGCUAAUUAAUCCAUGUGGGAAAUGUUCCAGCAGAAGGAUAGAGGCACCGUCCAAGCUGUUCAUAGCUCAGCUGUUAGGACAGCUCCCUAAGAAGCGCUAAGAAGGAUGGAGCCACAAAGGACACCGCUAGACACGUGCUCUUAUACAUUGAUGUGUGCCACGGUUAGUUGUGUGUUGGCGUCGGCGAAGUAAAUCCACAGAGAAUAUGUUACACUUCCUUGGGUUUACAUGAUGAAAUGGCAACGGAGGUUCUAACUGAACAAUACAAUGUGUCCGACGUUUGUUUGUUUUUUAACUUGACGCAGACCAGAGUUGCUGCCAGCAUGGCAUCGCCAGCGAUAAAGCAGCAGCCCCCAUUCUCCCCCAGAGAACAGCAGCCGGAGGAUCAAGCGGAGAGCUUCAGGUCCAAAAGUUUGCCAGCUCUGAACAGGUCUGCUCCUCGGAUUAUCACAACACAAAGCACCCUUCUUGAGGCAAAACGGAGUUUCUGGCACAGUUUCCAAGCGAGGUCUGACCUGAGAUGUGGCCUUGACACCAACAAAUCAGCUCACAGUAACGGCGCUGCUGCUGCUGCUGCUUCUGGGACUGUAUUUUCUUUCACAGCCUCCACCUUUUCAGGGGUCGGGAGUUUCACUGAGAGGGCAGACUGUAAUAACUUUGCUGGCACAAGCAAAGGUGUUUCCCCAGCUUCCACGUUGCUAGCUCUCUCAGGUAGAAAGUGUCUCAGCGUGGUGUUGACAGAUUCCCGUUUCUUCUUGGUGUGCAUGUGCUUUCUGACCUUCAUUCAGUCCUUAAUGGUCUCUGGGUAUCUGAGCAGUGUUAUUACCACCAUUGAGAGGAGGUACAGUUUGAAAAGCUCUGAGUCUGGGCUGCUGGUCAGCUGUUUUGAUAUUGGUAGUCUGGUGGUCGUGGUGUUCAUCAGUUACUUUGGGGGGCGUGGACGGAGGCCAUUCUGGCUUGCUGUAGGUGGGUUUUUCAUUGCUCUUGGGGCUGCACUUUUUUCUUUACCUCAUUUCAUCUCUCCACCAUAUCAGAUCCAAGAAUUGAACUCUUCCCUCUCUAACGAGGGCUUGUGCGUGACUGGCAAUAAUACCACCAAAGACCAUUUGGAGUCACCAGCCUGUGUCAAGGACUCAGGUGGAAAUGAUCACUCCCUCUAUGUAGCUUUAUUCAUUUGUGCCCAAAUUCUCAUUGGCAUGGGAUCCACACCCAUCUAUACCUUGGGACCAACCUACUUAGAUGACAAUGUCAAGAAAGAAAAUGCAUCACUGUACCUAGCCAUCAUGUAUGUAAUGGGAGCACUUGGUCCUGCCGCAGGAUAUUUACUAGGAGGAGUUCUUAUUGGUUUUUAUGUUGAUCCUAGAACGACUGUUUAUAUUGACCAGAGUGACCCUCGAUUCAUUGGAAACUGGUGGAGUGGAUUCCUCCUUUGUGCCAUUGCAAUGCUCCUUGUGAUAUUCCCAAUGUUUACUUUCCCAAAAAAGCUCCCACCUCGACAAAAGAAGAAGAAGAAGAAGAAAAUUAGCUCUGAUGACAUUUCAAGUGAUGAUGACGUCAUGAAAGAGAAAACAAACAGCAAAAGACAAGUGGAUAGUUCAAUUCCUGCUUCUAUGGGAUUUGGAAAGAAUGUUAAAGAGCUUCCAAGAGCAGCUGUCAGGAUCUUAAGCAACAUGACAUUCCUUUUUGUGAGUUUGUCAUACACAGCUGAGAGUGCCAUUGUUACUGCUUUUAUUACCUUCAUUCCCAAGUUCAUCGAGUCACAGUUUGGCAUCCCAGCUUCCAAUGCCAGCAUCUACACUGGUGUGAUUAUUGUCCCAAGUGCUGGUGUUGGCAUUGUGCUAGGUGGCUACAUUAUUAAAAAGCUCAAACUUGGUGCAGGAGAGUCUGCGAAGUUGGCUAUGAUUUGCAGCGGUGUGUCUUUGCUGUGCUUUUCAACGCUUUUCAUUGUUGGAUGUGACAGCAUUAAUCUAGGGGGCAUAAAUAUCCCAUACACAACAGGUCCUACACUCACUAUGGCACACAGAAAUCUGACAGGUGGCUGUAAUGUCAACUGUGGAUGCAAAAUUCAUGAGUACGAGCCUGUCUGUGGAUCAGAUGGAAUAACAUACUUCAAUCCAUGUCUGGCUGGCUGCAUCAGUGGUGGAAAUCAUAGCACAGGGGUAAGAAAUUAUACUGAAUGUGCCUGUGUCCAAAGCCGCCAAGUUAUCACUCCACCAACUGUGGGACAGCGCGGUCAGCUCAGGGUGGUUAUUGUCAAAACAUACCUGAAUGAGAAUGGCUAUGCUGUUUCCGGGAAGUGUGAUCGGACCUGCAGUACACUUAUCCCAUUCCUAAUAUUUCUGUUCAUAGUUACCCUUAUAACAGCAUGUGCCCAGCCAUCGGCAAUCAUAGUGACACUCAGGUCUGUGGAAGAUGGUGAGCGGCCUUUUGCACUCGGAAUGCAAUUUGUUUUAUUACGAACUCUUGCUUACAUUCCUACUCCAAUUUAUUUUGGGGCUGUUAUUGACACCACGUGCAUGCUUUGGCAACAGGAUUGUGGUGUGCAAGGAUCUUGUUGGGAAUACGAUGUAACUUCAUUUCGCUUCGUUUACUUUGGAUUGGCAGCUGGUCUCAAAUUCGUGGGAUUCUUUUUUAUUUUUCUGGCCUGGUAUUCCAUUAAAUAUAAAGAAGAUCAGCUGCAGAGGCAGAGAUGGAGGGCCUCACCUGUAAACACAGUGAGCGAGAUGGUUGGUAAAGCUGGACCUCAGCAAAACUAUGCCCGGACUAGAUCCUGCCCUACUUUUAGUGCUCGAGGGGAGCACACUGAAGCCAUCUGUCUGGCACGAGGAAUGAAUUACAUAGCACAGACAUAUCCUGGCCCCUUUUCAGAAGCAAUAAAUUCCUCAACUGAAAAUGCAUUGGAGGAAGUCACUGCUGAAAUAUAGACCCCAGGCUUGAAAAUGUAAAAUUCAGUUUUGUUGGUUGAUUUAAAUAUGGCGCCUUGUGAAACACCCGUGCCUUCUUUUAUAAUCUACACGUCACAUGAUAAUCCAACAAAACUUAAAGCAAACAUCAAUAGCAUACUUGAGGGCUGGAUACCUCGAAAUGACCCAAGUUCUUAUUUCUCCCCUCCAGGUAAUGGAGUUUUAAAAAUAUGUGUUUGUAAUUACUUCAGGUGUGUCCACUAACUGUCCAUGCUCUGAUCUAGUUGUCAAAAUUCAGGUGAGGUAUUCUAAAUGGCGGUAAUCAAUGGAAGGGUGACAGAAAUGCAUCUCAUUGAUGCCAAGACUUUAAGAAAAUGUUUAAAGGGAUCAUCAACUUUGCAUCCACGAAUCAUGUUUCAUAGAUAUGAGUAAUUACUGUGAGUUCUGCUACAAAGCACAACUGAGUGUGUCUAAACUAUGCAACUUAUCUGGAUAAUUGUUGAUGCAGCAUGUCAAUUUUGCUUUCAAAGUCUUUAAUCCAACUGAACUUGAAUGGGGCUAUUUUAAGACAGAUAUAAGAUUUAAAAAUGGACACAACUGUUUAAAGUACUGUUGAUAACAUAUUAAGCCAUAGAAAAGUUAUAUAGAAGGUAAAGUUUUUUCAAAUUCUAAGACAUCGUAUCCUUAUCCUAUUAAAAUGUACAUUUAUUUUAAUUUGAUAGGAUGUAGUAUUAUUCAGUGUAGUACACAGGGUAUGAAAGUAUAACUCAGUGUGAAAAACUACAGUAUUAAUUUGUAGUAACAUUAAGACAUGAUAAUCAACCCCAUAGAGACUAUAAUAAGUAGAUGCAUAUUUCUAUAACUACCUAUACAGUUAUCUGCUAUAGGUGGCUACUACUAACUUCAAAUCCAUACUUUCCUUAGUAAACAGAGUAUCCAGGUUUAGUUUGCCAAGAACUGCUUGGCUGUCCUUACGAAAUGCUUAGCUAUCCUUUGCAAAUGCCUGCAGAUCUUUUUAAACAAAUUGUUCUGGUUUUCCACUAAGUGAAAAUACGCAGAGAGUUUGGAUAGCUGCAUUUUGGGACUGCACUGCUACCAUUCCACACAGACCUCAAACUGAAUGCAAAGGGGAGUUUGCUCCACACCUGGCUCCCCCAUCUUCAUUUAAAGCUCUCUGUGAGGUGUGGCGGAAAUGGAAGAGUCAGCUGACCCCUUCCAGCAGGACAUCUAGGCACAGAAGGCACCUCCGUUCAAGGACCCACACGGCAUGUUCUGAUAUUUGAUUAUUCAAAAUAUUUUAGUGAGUUUUCCCACUUGAUUGAGUCUUCAAGAGACUGUUUGAUUUUUAUCUGCAUCCUGUGCUAAUUCCUCAUCCACAGUCUUAAACUGGGAGCAUUACAACUGGCUGUUGCUGACAUUUAGUGAUCUGUCAGGUGGAAGGUUAUGACAAGAAGCCAGUGUUGUAUUCUACUUGCAGGUACAUGUCUCAGAGCCUUUGGGAAUAGAGGACGGGAUCGUGUAUUUUUUGAAAUUUGGUUGGUGAGAAGCAUGUGGGUAGCAGCCAUGACACACACGGUAGAAAGAAUUAUUUCUCAAUAGAUAUAAACAAUUUUGAUGAGGGUUCAGGAAUUUCAGAGGAUUUUUUUUUUAAAGUUACAGUCAAUUUGUUCUAGUUGUAAGUCAGAUAGGGCCAAAUCCUGUUUCAAUUAAUGUUAAUGGAAAAAUUUCUAUGGGCUUCAGUAGUUUCAGGAUUUGGUCUGUAUAGAUUUUCCUCUCUUGCCAGCUUCCUCCUUCUCUGGCUGGCAUCUGAAGUUACUCACCAUGCUGGCUUCAGAUCCUAGUUGAAAUGUUGGCUCCAUUUAUUCCAAAAUGUCUUGAUUAGUUUAUAUGACUCUUGAGCCUCUUAUGACCAUGUCUGUGGCAGAAAAUGUACAGAAAACUGUUACAUCGCUCAUUAUGUAAGUAUCAGUGACUUUAAUUAGCAGUGCAGUACUUUAGGAACCUAGGAUAUAGGACUGGAAGAGACCUCCUGGGUCAUCAAGUCCAGUCUCCUGCUAUUGCAGGCAUCACCAUAAUAUAAUCCCAUUCAUAAAUUUAUCAAACUCCAUCUUUAAACCUAGUUAGGAUCCUUACCCCACUACUGUUAUCGAGUGGCUGUUUCAAACCUCACUCCUCUGGUGGUUAGAAACCUUGUGCUUUCCAGCAUAAAUGGAUUCAUGGCCAGUUUAUACCCAUUUGGUCGUGCCCUUUAGCUCAGAUAGCUCUUCUCCCUUUAAUUUCACCUCUUGUUAUUCUUUGGAUAUUAAUAUUUAUUUUGAGUCUAAUUUAAUUUUUAGAAUAGUCCAGUUCAGACUACAAAUAGGGUGUACAUUUUUAACAGUGAGGGUACUUAACAACUUAGCUAGGGAUGUGGUGGAUCUGCUGUCAUUAGAAGUCUUUACAUCAAGAUAUGCUCUAGCUCAGCCAAAAGUUAUGGGCUUGAUGCAGGAGCCACUUGGUGAAAUUCUCUGGCCUGUCUUAUACAAGAGGUCAGACUAGAUGAUCAAAAUGGUCCCUUCUGGCCUUAGAAUCUAUGAAUCUUGAUUGAUUUAAUAGCAUGGGGUCAGAUCCGACCAAGAAUGUGUUCUUCAGUAUUCAAAAUUACAAAUCUUCAAUAUGCUGUUGGAGCACAGUGUAGCGUCCUCUCUUCUCCCACUGACGUCAGUGAGCACAGAGGCUGGGCAGCACCUUGCAAGUGGUACUGGGGUCCUUGCCAGGAUAAAACUGGGGUGAAGCAAUGGUGAACCAGGCCCAAGGUCUUCUAUUGUAGAGUUUUGGAGGUCAGACCCUCAGCUGUUGUAAGGUGAGAUAGCUCCACUGAAGUAAUUUACAUCAGCCUAUUAUUAUUAAAGAGGAUACGAUAACCUCUACAAGCUGGAAACUUAAGAAAACUAAAGUGUUUAAAAACCAGCUGAAUAAGUGGGAGUCAAAGUAACAUUACUGGGUUCUUACUUACAGUUUGUAUGCUAGUUCCUCUCCAGUUUGUAAUAGUGUCUUUAUGACACAGAAUAUUUUCCUCCCAAGUUUACCCGUGUCCAUUUCCAAGAGUUUAUUUAUUUCUAAUGGAAUUAGGGGGAGUCAUUUUAACUCUGAUCAGCUACUUUGUGCACCAGCAUUGCAAAUAAUAAAUUCAAGCCUGUUCACAUCAGGUAGGCAGAACUCUCGCUGUGGGAGAUUUGCCUGAGAGGAAUGCAAGCUUAGUUUCCAUGUUCAAGAAGUGUGUAUGGUUUAACCUACCGGGUUACAGCACUUAACGUACUUUACCUGUUGGGUUUGAACUGCUUAACAUCGGCCCUUUAAAAUGUUCAGAAUUGGACACUCCACUUCAUAAGCUUCAUUCUUCAAUAGGGAAUUAGCGUUUUUUAUGCCAUAUAGCAAUUUGUAAUGGUUAAAUAUAAACAUUUCCAUAGACUAGAUUGUACACAUACAGGUAGACAGCCAACAUUUCUGUAAAUAUGUACUGUGACUAACUGUAGUAAGUAAGAUGAAUCAUCAUAUUGCAAACAUCUACAAGCCUCUCAUUAUACAGAUAAGCUGUUUUCUGUUAAUUUACAGGUCACCUUAUAAAUGAAGAUGGGUCUGACCCUCAAAGUUCAGACCUCAGUCCAAACCAUCCCAAAAUGUGGGAGUUAUUGAGUUUAGGCUUAUCUCUUCGUUUAAGAUCAUUGUAUAAUCCGUUGUUUGUUUAUUUUUCCCACACUUCGAACAACUUGUCACCAGAUUUCCUCCCACAAGCUACUGUUCAUGUGAUGGGAUGGGUAAAAAGCCUCUGUGUUCGAGUAUGCCUGAAAAAAGAAGUGUCCAAAAUGUUUUUCUGUUCUAGGAAGAAUGAAGACCCUGCUGUCUAACAUCCUUGAUCUGCUCUGGAUGAAUAGCUAAACCAUGCCGUGGUGCUAGUUGUUAUUGAUGUAUUUUAUGAUGCAUGUUCACCGUGACUUAACUGGCAUUCAAAACAUUUCACUUAUGUAACAGCGUGUGCUUUCAAUUUGAAAAUCUGGAAAUGUUCCUGCAAAGAUCAUAAUUACCAGUGGGCCAAAUCCUACAGGCCUGACUUAGUCUUUCAGUGGGAAUAUUGCUUGCACUACAGGAUUUGGUCUAGCAUUAAUAGUGAAAGUACUAAUGUAAAACUAUAUAACCUGUAGAAAUGUAGCAUAUGACUAAUUUCCAGAACAUUACUUGUUUUAAUAUACCUUUAUGGAACACUCCUAAACAGCUGUUCAAAGUAAGGUUUUUGUGAACUAAAAGAUUGGGCCAAAUUCUGGGGAUCCCUAACUCAGCAAAAUUCCUGCUUCAGUCAAUGAGAAUUUAAACUAAAGUUAAGGUACCCGAAUUUGUCCCAUUAAUACUAUUCCUCUAUAAAAUACCAAAAUGAAGAGUCAAAGUCAAGGACUCAAUUCAGCCAGUUGACAUUCACUCCAGGUAUUUUGUCAUUUGUUUCUGUGGAGACAGAAUUUGGCCCAUUGGUUUUGAACUUUGAAAGGUAAUACCUUUUCUGUCUCAGUGUAUAUGGACUUAACUGGGCUAGGAGAUCAAAGGGGAUCAUUGAGCUGAUGUAUCAAGAUGUGUGCCUGAGAACAAGGCGACAGAAAUGUUACCUCCUAGAAGAAAACAUUUUUAAAAACAAAAAUUAUCACAGGGCUGUAUUAAACCAAAAAGUUGUACAGAAACUUAUCAACUCAGUUUUCAUGCAGAAAUGCAAGUUGAAAUCACUGUUAUAGUGAGCAUUCCUCAUAAAGGUCUGCUCCUUUCUCCACUGGAGUAAAUGGGUGUUUUGCCAUUGACUUCAAUAGGAGCUGACCCAAAAUGCAUACCUCUCCCCUCUGCCCCUUCCCCUCCCAAACCUGGGUAGCGUUUUAGGGGCAUGGAAUGGGCGCACUGGCCUGUAAUUGUUUAGUUUAACAAAGUGUUAUAUUGAAUAAACUGGUGUUACGUCAUUUGUAGUGUGUGUGGGUGUGUGUGGGUAGUGUGCUUGUGGUAAAAGAGAGAGACUAAUUGUUAGGUGCAUUUGUUUUUGCAUACCUUAAGGUCCUUUUAUUGAUAUUUCUCAGCAGAACUUAGAAUAAUAUUCAUGAUCUAUAACAUACUGUGGUUAAUGAUAUUUAUUGUCAACAUCUAUUGUAAACGUGUUUACAAGCAAACCCUUGAAUACUUGAUAUU